AUGUGUGCAGAAUCUUUCGAGAACUGGUUUCGAGCAGUUCUCCCUCGACUUGAAGAAAACGCGGUUAUUGUAAUUGACAAUGCGCCGUACCAUUCACGCAAGAAGGAAAGAAUUCCAGCUACAAAUUGGAAUAUCCCGAAAAUAAAAGAAUGGCUACAAUCUAAACACAUUACGUAUGAAGAUGGCAUGCUAAAGAAAGAAUUUCUGUGCACUGUUGAGCAACAUAAGUCAGCAUACAUGUCAUACGUGAAAGAUAAAAUGGCAAAAAGUGCAAACAAAACAGUUCUUCGCAUUCCUCCAUACCACUGCGAACUAAAUGCCAUUGAGUUGGUUUGGGCUCAAAUUAAGGGUUAUGUUGCUGCUCGAAAUAAGACAUUCACGAUUAGGGAAGUUAAAGAACUUCUGGAAGAAGCCGUGACAAAAGUGUCUCCAAAUGAUUGGGAUAAAUGUGUACGUCACGUGAUUCAGAAAGUUGAAAACGAAAUGUGGAAAUUGGAUAACAUUAGAGAGGAGUGUGAAGAACGUCUGGCUAUAGAUCUCAACGAAGACAGUGUCAGUUCAUCAGAAUAA